AUGAAAGCUAUGGAGUCGUUGGGCGGCAAAGUUGCCACAAGCAAGCAAGUCAAAGAUUACUUAGAGGAACAUCCAGAAGUCCUCCCCAACAUGAGUGCUGCAGAAAGGCAGCGCAGCAUUCGAGGCCUUCGAUUGUGGCAGGUUUGCGAGCUGCACAGCAAGAAUCAGUGCGGCGAAGAUGUGUUUGCGAUUCCUGCAGCGGCCUUGCCUACCGGUGUCCGACGUCAUAAAGAUUACUUCACUGCACGGACGAAGCUUGAAUGCCUCAACACUAUCUGCAUUGGCCCUUCUAGAGCAACGGCUGAAGAAGCGAAGACGGAUUACGACAAAAUGCGGCAGUUCUUCGGCCGCCUCGAGCAGCGAUCUGCAGAUGUGGAUGUGCUCACACUGGCAGCUGCAACGUCAGCAUGCGAGGUGGCUUCGCUCCCGGACGAAAUGCUUCCGGUGCUGGACAAAUCUGAGGUGCUGGCGAUGGGCAUGCUCGUCGCAGCAGUGUGCAGUGAGAGAAAAGGUGACGUUUGCAAGAAGUCGGCGCGGGUGAUUCUGUUGCUGUUCGAUGUUAGUAGCUUAGACGUGUCUGGAGAUGCUGGUCUGCGGCAGGACGUCAUUGGUGUUGUGAAUGCUCCGUGUGAGAGCAGCAUUACACGAUGUUGCAGUUGUUCUGCCCUUUCGUUUUGCGGCAUCCUGCUGGUGGUGAAUGGAUCGCCCACCCACCCAGUGAGGAUAUCUGUGUGCGCCCACAUGCUGUGUUCGGAUAGGAGUUCUGCACCAUUUGAGUCGAUGCUCAUCGCUUGGUGUGUGGUCAGUUGUACUCUUUGA